GGCAAUCAACGAUGGAUCCCGCCGUAAGUACGAGUACGAUCCGGACGGAGAGUGAUGGGCGGGCAGAAGGCGACGUCGAUUGAUUGAUUGACUGAUGAUUAUUACAAGCACUGCCUUCCAUCGUUUUGACCAAUACGCACGCAGACGGGAUGUGUAUCUAUCUUUACCCUAUAACCAGGUACUAGUUGCAACUUCGAUGACACCUGGAGAGGGAUGGCUACCUGCCUGCUCGCCUGCUUGCCUGACGGACGGACUGCCGGACUGGCCUGCCUGCCUGCCUGCCUGUCUUCCUUCCGUCCUUCCUUGCCCUUCAGCUUUCAGCCUUCAGGGUUGCGCCGUCCGCAUCCCUCCAGUCCGACCGACAGACCCCUCGACGGACCAAGUCCAGCUGCAGCCGAGACGAAGCGCACGACCAGGACGGAGGCAGCCUGUCCAGUGUGCUGAAGGUCGACCGUCGAAUCCGCCCACCGACCCAGACCCAAACGAUCCUGCGCGAAGGCCCAAAAGCGGGCGGGGGGGCGGUCAAGCUGGACGCUGAGAGG